CUCAACACCUUACAACUAACUGUCACUGCUAAUAUUGAUUUGCCUUUGAUAGCAUUUACAUGGAAAUUUCUUGUCAAUAUCAAUCAAAUAUUUCAUCAUUCAUACUAACUGAGAAUUAUUCAUUUUCUUUUAAAUAUUUGUAAAGUUUAGAUUAGAGAUAUUUUCAGCUAGUGCCCUGAAUGAGAUUUAAUUCUGAAAGUUUCUUUUUAAAAUUCUUUGAUAUCGCGGGAACCUAGAAGUCUGUUGAUUUUAUUAGCCAAUAGAAAGAUCUGAAAAUAACUGUCCAGUGACGCAAUAGUUUGAUCACGCUUUGAGGGAAUGUUAUUGUCAUGGCCGUUAAGGUUAAUUUGUGAUUUCACGGCUCUGCAGAAUAUUUACUAAUAGGAGUAUUGUAAGCUGUCCUGUGCAUGUUUUAUUUACCACCGGUAUCUUUUGUUAGUAUUCGAAGAUGAUUACAUUACGCGCUGGAACCUAUCUGUCUCCAAGCAUUCCUGUAGAAUAUUAUGAAAUGAUUCUUCAGUAUCUGGAGUCCAAAUUAGGUAUUCAUACAACAUUGUUAUAUGAAUCUAGAUGGGAAGGGCCGAGAGGAGAAAGAGAAGAUCCAUUCAUGUCUGGUUAUUUAGAUCUCGCCUGGAUGAGUUCUACAAUAUUUUUGAGAAUGAAGAAAAAUUCUAGUCCUAUUGAAUUAUUAAAUGUUUCAUCAGUUCAUAAACAUGCACGGGGAGAAUCGCGGCCAGGAUAUUAUUCAGAUGUCAUUAUGCAUAAAGAUCUCAGUGAAAAGGUUAAAGAAUUCAUUGACCUCCGAGGCUGUCGUUGGGCUUAUAAUUGUCCUGAAUCUCUUAGUGGUCAUGUUAUCACAUUAGCAACAUUGAAAGAUCUUGGUGAAAAUGCAACAUUUUUUGGAAACAUAUUAUAUUCUGGAUCACAUUUGGAAUCAAUUAAAAUGGUUAUAGCAAAGAAAGUUGAUGCUGCAGCAGUUGAUGCAAAUUGUUUGGCUCUUUUCCUUGAUAGGAAUCCUCAUUUUGCAGAUGACUUGAAAGUGUUGACUUCUUGGGGAAUGCUACCACCAUAUCCAUUUGUAGUUAAUUACAACUUACCUGAAUCCAUGAAGGCUGAUAUUACCAAUUGUUUACUUAAUAUGCACAAAGACAAAGAAGGACAGAAAAAGUUAGAAGAAUUCCAAGUUCUCAGAUUUGCUCCUAUUAGUCCUGAAGAUUUUGAGAAAGAAAAAAUAAUGAUUGAACGCACAAAAGGUUUAAGUUUUGGAAGUACUUACUACUAAUUCCUUCCCCAUUUUAUAUUUGUUACCUUGCUUUAGCAUUUGUUCCUAUUAAGGUGAUAUACACAUCCUUAAAUGCUUAAUUUUUAUUUCUGUGGAUUAUAUAAACAUUAUUUACUUUACCAUUAAAUUAGUUAAACAUGUUAAUAAUUUUUGGUAUCAUUACGUAUUUUGCACUGUAAUCAGGAAAGUGCUGAAAUUUCAUGUUUAAAAUUAUAAGUGGUGAUUUAUCUGUUCAGUUAAUACCAGUAACUCAUAAAUAUCUGUGAUAAAAUAUAUUUUCUUGAUGAUAAUGCUUUUAUUGAAAUAAAAUUAAAUUUUGGUGCUUGUUUUUUAACUUCUGUUAUUUAAGUUGAAAUAUGUUAGACUUUUUAAAAAUAGUUUAUAUCAUGCUUUUAUUUUUUAUUACUCUUUACUGAACUAGUUUAUGUUAAAUGCAUGUGUUAGUUCUGUUUAAGUGUUACUAUACUUAAAUUUGUCUGUAGGUGAUUGUAUCUUAUGAAUGUUUAUGAUCUUGUUUAUUUUUAACAAUUUUGUGAUUCUGCAGUGAAAUCUUUAAAUUUUUUCAAUAUUUGUCAAUUUUUCAAAAUUGUUCAUAAUUUUUCAGCUUUACAUUACGUACAUUAAAUAAAUUCCACAUUUAAUAACAUUUUAAAAAUAGGCUUUUAAUUUCUAAUAGCUUUUCAAUUGAUUUAUAAAUAUUUAUAAAUUAUAUCUGUAUCUAUAUAUUUCAUUUACAUAACUAUUUUUUAGCGAAACAUCUAAAAUAUACAGAAUGCAAAAGUUUAAAAGGAAGGAAGCAUAUAUAACUUGUAAAGAUAUUCUGUCUGUUAACAUAGUUCAUUAGAUCUUUAUUGCAUUGUAGCUCCCUGGAUGAUAAACACCCUGAAGUUCAUUACACAUUUCCGAAAUGCAGAUAUUCCAAUUUAAAUUAAAUAUUCAGUAACAUUGUUUUUCUCAUUCAUUUAAGUACCAGAUUAGUAAUUUGAAUUUGUCUUUAAAUUAGAAUAAUUCAACUAUAAGUAAAAGGUUAAAUAUGUCAGACAUUCUAAUUUCUUGAUUCUAUAAAUGGCUUUUUCUAUGACUCUCAGUGCUGUGCAUUCUAAACUGCUAUUUCUUGAAUUUGAAUGAAAUCUGCUUAAUGAACCUUCGUUUCCUUCAAAUAAUAAUUAAAGUAGUGUAAAGGAAGUGAAUUAACUUACAAUAUUUUAUUAUUUUAAAUUUUAUAUUAAACUGCAUAUGCCUUUUUCAUUAACUUUUGUUUAUUAUUAAAUGCUUUUAAAGCUCUGUUUUGUAUUCUUCAAAUAUAAACUGUAAAUUCUUUUAUCAUGCUAUCAUUGUAAAAUUAUCUACAUUUUAGUUUUAUGGAACUCAUAUUUGUUUAAUCAAGCUUUUCAUUAACAGUUAAUUUUUUUUAAAACUUAUGUGCUAUUUUUAUAGUGCAGUUCAUAUAAAUUAUGAAAAGUUCAGUUUAUAUGGGCUUAAAGAUUUCAUUGUUGUAAUUAACAGAAAAUUUUAAUAUCACUUUUUAAAAACGGGACAUGUCAUUUUUAAUCUGCAUUUACAUAUAUUCUUAUUAACUUAAUAAAACCCCUUGUAGUCUUUUCAUUCUUUUGAUAUUCAUUUGUAAGUUUAAGACUUUUUUUUAUUUUGAUUAAUUACAUGAUAAGUUAUGUGUAAUAGCUUAGUGUUACUUACUUGAAAGUAUCCAUUUGUUGUUUUUUCUUUUCCGUUUUAAAUUCAAAAUAAAUAAGUAAAUUAUAACAUUUUUAGAAUUUUUAAAAAAAUUUAUUGCAUACCCUUCUUUUUUAAACCUUAAAACAUUCCUCUUAUUUUAGUGAUACAAAGUAAAUAUUUGCUUUAGUUAAAUGAUCCUGAAUUUUGACUUCAUAAUAUCAUUGUUGUUGUAUGAAUAUGAAAAUUUUAGGCUUUCUUACUUAUUUUUUUAUAUAUUUACAUAUCUUGCAAGUAUUAUUAUUAUUAUAGUUCCUAUAUUGCUAAAGUACUUAGUAUGUAUGCCAUGUUUAAUGAAAUUAUAUUAUCUUUGCAUUGUAAAAAAAUACAUAUUAUGCAAUUGAACAAAUGAGAUUCAAAAAGACAUGGAUCAUUAUUUUCUGAAGGCAUCAUUAUGCACACCCUAUUAUCUGAAAUUAGAAUUUUUAAAUUAAAAGAAAUAUCAAAACACAAUUUAACAUUUUGCAAAGUUGCAAAUUGCAUAUUCAUGUCAGUUAUAACGUUCUGUGAAUUAUGUAUUUAGUGACCAUUUUGACAGACCAAAAAGGAACUACAUGCAGAUUUGUAAACAUGGUAACACAAUGCGCACCUUUAAACCUAUAAGCACCUAACAAUCAUGUUUUACUUUUACAACAUUUUUUAUUUGCCUGGGGUAUAUCAUAUGUAUCUUCACUGCCAGGAAAACUAUUGAGCAAAUUUUAUGUUAACUGAGAGUUUUUUUUUUUUUUUUUUUUUUGUUUUUUGUGUGUGAAUAGUUGAUUAUAUAUUUAUACUUAAAAAGUAUUUAUAAAAAGUACAUUUAUAUUUUGUGGUUACAUUUUCCAGGCUUUAUAAAAAAAGUUUUAUUUUUUUAAUGAUUUAAUAGAUUUGGCAUUUGAAUUAUAUAGAAAUAUUCCACAUACCAGUUAAAAAUUAAACCUAGCCCUGCGUCAAACUUAACUGUUAUAUUAAUUUAUCUAAUGUUUAAUUAUUUGAUUUAUAAAUUUUUUGAAGACUAAUAUUCAUUUAUAUAUAUCUAAAAGAAAAAGCAAUGAGUAGGGCUCUAGGAAUAAUUUAGAAGUGAAUAAUGAUAGUAGUGCAAAAUAGCUCAGAAACCAUUAUGGUGAAGUAUUUACACUUUCAUGUAUAUCCUAAUACAUAUAGUAAUUUUUUCAAGCAUUUAUUAGUUGCCCAUAACUUUCAUUAAUCUAGUUCUUUUAAGCAAAAUAAAGACAGUUUUGAGAAAUUACUUGAUGUUCUGACAUUCAGGUAAUGCAUCAGACAUAAAAUAUUUGUAAAUAUUGUUCCCUAAGAGUCGCUGAAAAAUCAGUAUUGAAUGUUUAAUUUGACAUGCACUUUUGAUUGACCAUAAAUAAAAUAAGUUUUACAGGUAACUAAUGCAGAAUUUAUUUUGUGUUUGUUGUUUUCUGAAUGAAUUAUUCUUAUGACACAUCAUUACAUUUUAGGAGUCUUCGAAAUGAAUAAUUUUAGCUCAAUUCUCAGUCUUCUUUCUUUCUUUCUUCUUUAUAUAUAUAUAUAUAUAUAUAUAUAUAUAUAUAGGAAAAUUAGUGUAAAAAUGCAUUUUUGAAAUCCUUUAAAUGUAACUCAUUGUUGCGGUACUAGAAAAUUCCAGAAAUCCAAAAUAAGGCAAUUUACCCCUCUUUUGCAGUUUUAAUGUAUGUUAAAUAAGAAAAUCGUAAUGUGAUUGUUUGUUAUAAUUGUUUAAGAUAUGUCCAAAAUUCACGGGAGGCUCAAUCAGUGGCCUUGGAGAUAACUGUGUCAUUUUUUUCUACUUUUCACAUAAAUUUUCAAUAUGAGAAAAUAUAUAUUUAAGUCUAUAAAAAUAUAGCAUUUUUUCGAUAAUAGUGAAAUUUUUCAACAUACAUAGUUUUAAAUGAGUUAUUACUCACUGUAUACUUAUAUUUUUGUAUGCAAAUAAUAGUUAUUCUUUACAUAUAUAUGGUAUGUAUAUGUGAGUAUAGUGAUCUUAAUUUCAUUAAUAACAUAAAAGUGAAACCUUUAGAUACUUACUGUAAAAAAGAUUGUAUUUCUAAGAAAAUAAGCAAAUAUUAUUAUUGAAUUUCACUAUUUCAAAAAUGAUCAUUUAAUAGAAGUUCAAAAUGAUCUGAAACCAUGUAGUACAGAUUAAUUAUUAGAAGUAAAUGAGCUUAUUUAGCCCAUGAUAAAUGGUGUAAUAAAUAAAUCUGUAUUUUAUUUUUAUUUAUUUAAGCAUUAUAUGUAAUUAAAAAAAGUAAUGUUUCACUGUGUAUUUAUCGAAUUUAAUUUAUAAUAACUUCUAAAAAUUGUAAGUUAUAAUUCUUUGAAUAUCAACUGUACUUGCUGUUACUCCUUGAUCUUGAUUAAACUGGCACAAAUAACUUUCUGAUUUUUAAAAUUCUGUAUUAAUUUGGUAUCCCUUAAAUGUCAUAAUAUUCAGUGUCAUAAUAUUUAUUUAAAUCAUUUAUGUGCUUUAGUUAACAGUAAGUUCUUAAUAAUUGUUUUGUUUGUUGAACCUGUGAAAAAAGUAGGUUUACAAAUAUUUAUACUAGCAUUUUCCAUUUCAUUUUUUAAAAUCUCAAAUAUUUCUGAUAUAUAUAAUUUUUGCUAUUAAAUGUUAGUUAUACCUCUAUAUAAACUAAUGUCUUCAAAAAAUGCAAUUAUUGGGUUGAGAUAAAUCUGUGAACAUAAGGCAGGUAUAAGUAUUUAAAAAAGUUGUUUAUGCAAACUUGAUUUUUUUUAAAUUUGGUAUAUUUUUCUGAAUAUGUAUUUUUAUUUUAUUUUACAAUUUUUUUGGAGACUGAUAUCAAUUGAAAUUGACUUUUUAAAUUAUUUUGUGUAUUCUAAAAGUGAUAUUAGUUUUUUAACAUAUUUUUUAAAUUUUGUAAAUUAAUCAGAAAUUGAUAUUAACCAAUUUUUUAAAUUUUAAAUUUACCAAGAGAAUGCUAUAUGUAUAUAUAUUUGUAAGCAUUAUAUUGAGGCAUAUACAUGUAAUUAUGCACUUGUUGUUUUAGAAUCAUAAUGGAGUUGAUUAUCAAUUUCAGGAACUUUUUAAUUUACUUAAAUAUUUAUAUUUCAAAAAUCACUUUAUUUUUAUAAUGAACCUUAUGGAAAACGCAAUCAUUAUUUCUAGUGGUGUAUUGAACAUAGUCCCUCCAACAUGACCACUUCUGCAGAGAACUAAAAUCUUCUAUAAUGGUAAAAUUCAUAGUAAAAUUCCGUAAAGCUUUCUACUUUAUUUCAAGUCUCAGGAACAUAGACUUGUUAUCUGAAAAGUGCUGUUGUACUCUUGAAACAUGAAAACAGAAAUAAUGGUUUUCCAUUAUUUCUGUUUAAUGUGUUGUUUCACCUUUCAUUUGAGUUUGUUUGCCAAAUAGAAAAGCAUUAAGGAUAUUAUUCUUUUAUAUUUAAUAUAUCUCUUAAUAAUUAGCAAAUUAUUUAAAAAUAUUUUUAUAGAAUUACAUUAUAUAUUUUCACUUUUUAUAUAUGCAGAAGAUAUAUAACAUUCCUAUGUUAGCCCAUGUUAGUUUAAAUGUGCAUUGAUCUAAUAUAAAUCUGUGUUGAUAAGCUGUAUUAAACUUUAAAAGAGCCCUUUUGGGUUAUCUGAACCUUUUCAGAUUUGUUUUAUUUAUACUUACUUUUUAAAAUUUAAUUUAGUUAUUUUUCCCGAAAAAAGGUUUCCUUCCCCUCCUUCUUACUUAACAGCAUUAGGAAAACAAAAUGUCUCAACAAAGAAACUAUUUAUAUUUUGUGUUUAAUUUGAAAAAUAUGCAAAUAUGGAUAUUUUAUUUCAAAGAUACCAAUAAGGUCUAUACCAGCAGGACUUACUGCUGAUGCAAUCGUACAACGAAGCCUUCUUGUCAUGUUAGAUUGUGAAGGCAUAUUCGUAUCCCCGUUAUUUUACCAACUUAAAGGGUCCAAAUAUUAUGAAAAAUUUCAAAAUUUAACCAUUUUUGGGAAAUUUAUAUUUCUUCCUGAAGAAGAUUUAGCAUUCAAAGAUAAACAGUGAAAAAAUGUAUUUGUAAAAAGAGAGAAUGUGUGAUUUCAUAAAAACAAACAGUUCAUAAAUUGAAGAUUCAUAAAAAUUGGAAUCCACUAUAUUUUAAAAAUAUGUGAUACUAAAUAAUCCUCUGAUGAUGCUUUUAGUGUUUUUUAAGCUGAUUGAAGCCUUUCCCUAUAUGAAUGCACAGAUGGACUUGUAAUCGUGUAAUAAUUGUUUCUUCAGCAUAUUCUUUCAAUUCCAUGUUAAAUGAAAGGAAGAACUGUUAUGUAGAUGUGGUAGUAGACUGACUGCAGUUCUAGUUUUAUUUACUUUUUAUUCAUAAAAUACACAUUAUAAUUUCAGUUACAUUAACAAAAAACUUGCUGAAAAAAAAUUUAAUCAAUAUUUUGCUAUAAACUAUUUUAAUACUAAUUCUUACAGUAAUUCAUCUAUAAUAUAUUUAAAAAUUUUUAUGGAUCAAGUUGGAUGGUAUAUGCGACGAAAUAUUUAUGGGCGAUGGCAAAAUAUAUCAUGGUAUAUUAAUAUUUUUAGAGUUAUUAUACUUUUGAAUUACAUAAUAUGCACACAAUUAAGAAUCAUAUAUUUUGACUGCAAAGAAUAUAUGCUGUGAUCAAUAUUAAAUCAAGCGAAAAUAAAAUUAUAAUUUCUUAUUUU